AAAAAAAACUAAUGAGAUAUUCCGUAUAUAUAUUAUAUGCAUGAUACGCUCAACAGCAAUAAUAUAUCAAGUCAAGCAAACCGUACAAUUACAGAAUGAGAUAUAUAUCAAGCUAUUUCAUCGAAAAUUAUAUAUGGAUUGGUACGAUCGAAGUUACGUUGUUUAUUCAACCUAGGAUAGCCAUCGCACGCUGAAGAGCCACUCGUUCAACAACAAUAAUUAUCCGUCGACGAUCUGACGCGAAUGGAUGGACACAACAAGCGAUACAAUAAAGGUACGCACAGUACGAUGUACGUGGGGGUUCGUUUCUCAUCGUUAUUCUUUAGAAUGAAAAGACAUUCUUUCUAGUCCAUACGUUCUAACACGAAGAAUUUUAUUUUAGUAUUUACAAAUAAUAAUAAUAAAAAAAAAGACGAACUAUAAUCUUUAAAUAAUAGAGAUAAUCAAAACGCAAACAUAAUUACAUAUUUAUUACUUUGAUCGAUAUUCUAACGAUAAGAUUCCGAUAUUCUUCUUAAAAAGAAAGAAAAAGAGAGAGAGAGGGGAGGAGGGAGUAAACAAACAAACAUGUAUUUUCUGAUCAGAAAAGAAUUUUAUGAUAAUACUAUUUGCGAAGAAAAUAUUUUACCGGUGGAACGUGUAAAACGUGUAGAAGGAACCACUGAAGAAACUAAAAUGCACGCGAAAUGGAAUAAACAUGAGAACAGGAAACGAGGAAAUGUUAAAGUAAGCAAUAUUAAAAACGAAAAUAUGACAGUGAACAGGACGAUUGUGAAUAGCGAUAUCUUUCAAGCUCUUUUUCCUGUUUAUCAUAUCAGCAAGGUGUGUGGUUUGCUUCCAGUUCGUUUCACGAAACAAGCUCAUGGCCGAUACCAAGGUCAUUUGGAAGUUUUCGAUGUAAUUUACUGCAUAUUACUUCUUGGAGUUAUCAUGGGUUUAGAAGUUUGGGGUCUAUGGCGAGAAAUGAAAGAUGGCUGGGAAAAUAGUAUCAGACUAAAAUCUCAUUCAGCUGUAAUACCAACUUGUAGUGAUAUUCUUGGAGUAAUAAUACUGGCUAUUAUUGCUGUAUUAGGUUCGCCAUUUCGCUGGAAACACGGACAGAUUGUUCUUAAUAAGUUGUCCGAGAUCGACGAAACAUUGGGUAUCGUUGAACCGAAGAAAACUCGUAGAUAUACCAUUGUCCUAUUCGCUUGCGCUCUUACCUAUCUUGUUAUAAUAACGAGUCUCGAUAUGUGUUGGUGGGAUCACUAUUCAAAGGCAAAUAAAAAAAUGAGUGACAAGGGUCCGAUCAACUAUAUGCCUAUUUAUUUCAUGUAUAUGAUCAUCAUUAUAUUGGAAAUCCAAUAUAGUCUUAUCACAUACAACGUGUGUCAGAGAUUUGUGAGACUUAACAAAUGUCUCGAAGGUAUUUUAAAGACAGGCAAGGUGACCGAUCAUUUUAGAAAAGAUCUUGGCUUGGCCGGUGAUAUUAAAACUCGAGAACAACCAGCUUCGUACAUUCGUAUAUCCAAGGCCUUAGAAUGGUAUCCCGUUGGAUUUGAAACGAAAAAUUUUGCAAAUUAUAUAGCUCAACUCGUGACAGUGCACUCGUCUCUAUGCGAUACGGUUUCUUCUAUAAAUAAUGCCUUCGGUCUCGUAAUGGUAGUAAUCACGCUUACCUGCCUCUUGCAUUUGAUUAUUACACCCUAUUUUCUAAUAGAUGAAGUCAAUGGAAAUCGCCAAUGGUUAUCCAUCAUAGAUCAAACUUUGUGGUGCAUCUUACAUGUCACGAGAAUGCUUAUAAUCAUACAACCUACUUAUUCCACUACCAUUCAGGCAAAAAAGACAGCCGUUCUCGUUAGUCAACUGCUUUCUUCUAAUCCAGAUGUGGAAUGUAGAAAACACUUGGAGGUUUUUUCGCUUCAAAUACUACAUCGACCUUUGGACUUUAGUGCUUGUGGACUUUUCUCUUUAGAUAGAUCUCUCGUUACUUCGAUUGCCGGCGCGGUGACGACAUAUCUCGUAAUUCUCAUACAAUUUCAAAAAGAAGAUACUACGAAAGACGAUGUAGAUAACAUUUUGAAAAAUGCUACGCAAAUUUUGAAAAAUGCCUCGUCUCUUCAUAAUUUCACAACGAUCAAACAUAAUAAUACAUAAAUGUUCUUGUGAUUUUUUUUUUUACAGACGUUAUAAGUAAGUAAGUAUUACAUACACCAUUGACGUCUUCGUUUAAUUAAUAAAUUGAAUUAACUUUGUACGUUCCAAUAGAGUCAAAUAAUGCUCAUUUCGGUAUCCAUUUAUAUGGACAUAGUCAAUUGAAAUAGGCAUACGGUAAUUAUAUAAAUAUAGGCAUGCGGCAGUUAUACAAAUAGUUUAUAUAAAUACAAUAUUCUGUCCACUUUUAA